AUGGACCCAUCAAACGUUCCGCAAGCCUCAGCGGAUGCAUCCAGUACAGAAGGCGUCGCUGAGGCUGUUGCAUCGAAAUAUAUGAAUGAGCUGACGGCGCGUCUAUUGUCAACAGCAUCCGAAAGCAGUACUCUUCAAAAUGAAAUGGCUACCCAGACUUCCGCAUCACCACCAACUGUGACGCCUUCAGCAGAUGUAUCUGCGCCGAACGCAGUUACCGCGAGUGCUCCGGAUGCAGAACUUGACUCGACAACCGCGGCGAGUCUGGAAAAGUUCAUGUCAACAUUGAAAGAACACUUACAGCUGGAUACUGAUACGUGGGAUAUGUCUGGCUCGGCUGAAGAUGUGUUUUCUUCUUCGCUGCCUGCCAUGCUGGACGAUCCGUCUGCAGCACUAGCAUCAACAUCGACAGGAGCCGCACCUUUUGCACACACAUCGGGCUUUCCUCUUGACAGAUCAUCGACUCUUACAGAUGCAUCUGCAUCUGCUGCUGAUGCGAAUGCAAGUGCAGAUCCAGAGCCAAUACCCUUGUCGGUGUCAGUACCAGUGCCUGUGCCGGUAUCGCCACCGUCUAUUCCGCCCGUGCCAAGAGAGCGCGUUCAUUCCCUUUCGCCUGCCGAACACCGACAGAAAAUUGCUCAACUUGUCCGCGAGCACAUGCAUGAAGAGGCGCAUGGGCUCACAAAGUUGGGAACAGGCUCAACGGCACCACUCAUGACCAAGAUCAAGUGCCUACAUGCCAGCGUGGCGCAGAAGUCGUACGGGUCUGAGAAACGUUUUCUUUGUCCACCGCCCGUCGUACAUGUCCAGGGAACGCUUCGGCAUGCGCCAAGCGCUCCCAUGCUGCUCAUGCAAGUGCAAGGCGAGGAUGGCGACAGCUUCUCAGGUGAGCAAAUGACGUCCUUGGACGAUUCGGGCCAUGCUCGCUUCACCGAGCUGCAUGUCACCGGCACUGGCAAGGCCAAGAGUUUUCGCUUGCAGCUGCAUCUCCUGGCGCCCCGCGAUGAUGCUGCGCCCAUAAAACGCAUGCGCCUCGGCCUGGGCUUGUCAGAUACCGCAGCUGUUCGAAAUGCAAGUUGGGCCUGCUUUGACUCUGCGCCCAUUGGCAUCAUAUCCAAGCCAUCGAAGCGUAUUGCCAAGGCUCGCAAUGUAUCGGCGCACAUCACCAAGGAUGCAUCUGUCUCGCUCUUUAACCGCAUCAAUUCGCAAACAUACCGUACAAAAUACCUAUGUGCUCAGGAUGGGCGCUUGUUUGCACAGAGCCGCUCAUGGACGGCAUUCCGCCUCGUUGUGCUCUCGCGGCGAGAUGCGUCUGGGCCACUUGAUACAUCGGACGUGAGCGUGUUGACGUAUGGCUCGGUAAUUUUGCUUGUUGACCCAACUUCAGGCGCAAGUACAGACCCGCUCAUUGUAUGCAAAGUGGAUCGCGGCCGCAUUCUUCCGCCGAUCGAUGGCCAGCAUACGUCAGACGACGACGAUCAUCACGCUUGGGGCGCGGUGGCCCAAAUGCAGAAAGUCGCACUCAUGCGCUUCGUUCCCACGCAAGGUGAAUGGACAUUGCAUGCACACACGCCUAGAACAUACCUAUGUGCUGGCACACCACCUAACACGUACGGCGAUGCAGGCAACAGUGGCGGCGGCAACAGCAGCGGCAUUCCAUUAGGCAGCGGCGCUGGCAUGGCGCGCUCGGAUACAUCGGACGACGCACAUUCAUUGCCUCUCACAUUCGCCAGCACGCGCCCACUUCCCUGGACACAGCAUGUGGUCAUGGACGAGGCCGAAGAUGCAUUUUGUUGGACCCUAGUUGGUAUCUCGCAUUUUGAAUACGCAUUUAUGGACGUCGAUAUGCUGGGCUUACACAGUCCGUCGGCGUCAAUGGGUUUGGCGCUCACGCCAUUUCCCCUUGUGACGACGAUGCCUUUUUAUGAUGCAGCCUCCCACAAACUGGCCAUGACAGUGCAACACUUUCUGUACGUGCGAAACUCGGCAGCCCUGCAAACACCGCGCGAUGCAUACGAAGCCAUUCAUGCAGAAUCGCAGUCGUCGCAGCUCGAGGCGCUCGAGGUGUGGAUCGGGCCUCUAGGCCCACUGACGUUGGCUUCCGUACCUGUGCCAGAAAGUGACGAAGCUGAAGUGGCCGUGCAACUCCCGCCUUUGCGUGAGAUCCUGCAAGCCCGCCUUGACCCAUGGAAGACGCCUCUGUCAUCAUGCACACUACCGAUUCUCUUUGUGCGCGCCUACGACAGCACCAUAUACCACUCGGGCCGCCAUGUGCUGUGCCAAGAUCUCGUCGCUGUUGUACGGGCUGCCGGCGACAGCAGCGCCGCAAAUGCACUCCAAAAGCUCAAUGUCGGCCUGGGUGAGCAGGCAGGCGCGCAUGAACUGCCCCCUGGGAGUGUAUGGACACUCCGUGUGAUUUAG